CAGGCAAUGGCCCUGUGCUCCACUGCUCCCGUCAAACGUGGGGACUCUAUGGAAACUCAAGUGAAUUUUCCAACGUCGGGUCUCAGGUUUGGAGAGCCGCAAAGUCCGUCCCCUCCCCUCCCCUGCCAGCCAUGAUGGCAUCACGACGACUCGAGCUGAGCCUCUCCGGCCUCGCUCGCCGACCUCUAACAUGUUUCCUUUGCGAGGCUCGUCGCUCAUUCACCACUUCGACCAUCCGACUAGCGAGGACUGAAAAGCCUGGAUCUGGCGCAUCGUUAAAUCCCCAAGAAAAUGUUGCUAAGCCAAUUGAGGCUCCACGAAGUUAUGGAAAGCGACAAGAAGGGCACUUCGUACCGAAACCUCUUCCUCGUCCGAUCGGAAUGCCCCUACCGCCUAAAGCUGGAGAGAACACUGGAAUUGAUAGUCGAUCGCUGCGACAGCGACGUGAGGAUUUUGUUAAUUAUGACAAGCACUUGCAACGGCGCAAGGAGCUAACUGCAAAGAUUUCACGGCCGUACUUUCGAGAUUGGGGCAACCUUCAAUACCAUGAGGGUAAAUCCUUCAUCGCGCCCCCACGCCUAUUUAAGGCCGAGUUGUCACUAUUCUUCCCCAACUUUUACGGCGAAACUCUAUUGAAGACGGAUAAGAACCCACGCGAUACUACACCACUCCUUACUGGCAAGGCAACAGUCGUCUCUUUCUUCAGCAGCCGCUGGGCCGAGCAGCAAGCUGCGACCUUUACAUCUAAGGUGGAAAACCCCGGGCUUCAUGAAGUACUAAACAAACACCCGGGUACGACACAGAUUGUCCACAUCAACUAUGAAGAUAAUGCCGGCAAGGCAUGGUUGGUGCGUUUCUUCAUGGGUUCAUUGCGAAAGCAGUUCCCAGAGAAGGAUUGGGACAAAUACUUCCUUGUGCGACGAGGCGUUACCGACGACAUUCGCGAAUCCAUCGGUAUACUCAACAGCAAGGUCGGAUACGUCUUUCUUGUCGAUCAGUAUUGCCGGGUUCGGUGGGCGGGCAGCGGAACCGCUCAUCCCGUUGAAGCAGAGGGCUUGGCAAAGGGCCUCUCACGAAUAGUCGAUGAGAUGAGGAACGAAGCGACCUUGCCCGCCACUGCAAAGGAGCAACAUCCAGGCAAACACCAUCUUGAGGUUCCAAAAAUGCUGUAAUUAGACGCCUUCUAGUAGAGGAAGACGAUUGUAACUUUAGACAUCCUAGACAUCCAUGGUCCCACCAUGAUUGUACAAUAUCAAACACGCUGAUACCCCUGAACACCUGUGCAUUAUACAAAGGCAAGCUCGUCAGUUUUACGAGAAGAGGAAGA